AUGGCCAUUCAUCCGAAUUUCCCAUCUGAAACGAAUCCCAGAGGGUCUCUCUCACCACAGCAGGCUCGCGCCAUCUCCGCUUGGACUGAACAGGCAGCUGCAUCCUUGGAGAGUCUGACUCUCUCGGAAUCAGUACCGAUCGCCGAUUCGAAUGUGGUCUAUUCCCAGUCCACUCCUACGCGCGCAGGCGUGCGCGGCACCACAGUCUCGUUAUCAAUUCCCCUAGAUGACCCAGUACCGACAGUGGGAAGCCCUUCCGCGCCUAAGGUCAAGGUUCUAGCCCAGCCAACCAAGGAGACCCAGGUGGCGUCGGUGAGCUUCCGGCGCCGCGAGCCGCUUCGCCGUGAUAGCCUCAAGAGGCGCGAAGCCUUGUUGAAGGGAAAGGAUGGUAGUCGUCGCAGACAGCGUUGGGAGAAUGAUCGUCUUCUGAACAAUCCGUGGGCUGAGCCACCUUCCUCCAAGGAUUGGGAUAUUCAAGCCACCCACACUCGUCACGACCCUAUGCCUUACUACCUUGCACCUCUCUGGGACAACCACUAUGCGCAUUUGGACCAUAGGUCAUCCCAGCAGAUGGAGACCCGGACCGAGAAGCAUCGUGUUCCUAAGGAGCUGCGACAGAGGCUAAAGCAUGCACGUGCGGCACGUGGUAUACUUCAGGAUAUUGAAGAAGACAUCAGACAAUUCAUCCAGCGAUGGAAUGAGAAGCAAGGUUUACUGAAGCAGGAGGGUCUGGCAGACGCCCCACAGUCAUCCGACAGUGAAUCUGAAGACGAGAUCGUGUUUGUGGGUCGAAACGGCCUGAUGCAUGACUCGCCUCAGAGAAGAGAACGACUGCAAAAGAUGCGUGAGGCAAUGAGUGCUCAUCAUGAGCAUGAUGGGCAGAAGAUGGUGUUUGAGAGCCUGGUCGACGACCGGGCAGCUGGAUUCGGUCGCUGGCUCGUCCAUUCCAUCGCGUCAUAUUACGGCUUGCACACUUGGUCUGUGACCGUCGGGGAACCUGCCCGCCGCGAGGCUUAUGUUGGCUUCUAUCCGCCAGCCCCAGGCAGUCGAGCAGCACCCGUAUCCCCACCGGCCGGGUCGAAGGCCUGCCGUCAGGAAGCGAUGAUUCAACCCGGCGACGAACUGCCUCAACCGCUCUGGACGCAGGUGUGA